GUUGUCCACAAAUACCCACAAUGCAUCGCUCGCGGACACCACAAUAAGCUGAGUUCUGCGGUAACUUUUAUUCCGUUUUCGUUUUGUAGAAGCGUUUACUUUUUAUAUAACGUUAGCGUAACAUUAUAACCAUUACGUAACAAAGUUAAACUCACUGCGUUAACAUGUUUGAUCGGUUUUGUAGCGACUGUUAUUACCGUUAGCCUGCUAGCUUAGCCGCUCAUAACGGUGACAGGCUGAUGCACAACAUUUACAGUUUGUGUAUAUUUUGCAGUUGUUGCUCCUCUGAUUAAGGCGAUAAUGUAUUAAAUUUUCAACACCCCAGCCUGUGUCGCAGAAGAAAACAGUCGUGGUUUGUUGUUUAGAGACCGUAAUCUGUCCCUCAUCGUCAAAGUCUGGGUUUGUAAACAGUGUUUCCUGACACACAUGACAACAUGGACAAAGAGCAACGAAACAUCGUUAUCUUCAACGCAUCCAAAAGAGAGCUCUUCACCUCCAACUCUGGAUACAAGUCCAUGCAGAAGAAACUAAGAGCACAGUGGAAGAUUCAAAGCAUCAAAGAGGAGCUCAGCUUGGAGAAACUCCAAGGAGUCAAGUUAUGGAUCACCGCAGGCCCUCGAGAGAAGUUCACUGCCGCUGAGCUGGAGGUUCUCAAGCAGUAUCUGGCCAGCGGUGGAGCGCUCCUCGUGAUGCUCGGAGAAGGAGGAGAAAUCAAAUAUGACACUAAUAUCAACUUCCUCCUGGAAGAGUUUGGCAUUAUGGUUAACAAUGAUGCAGUAAUAAGGAAUGUCUACUACAAAUAUUUCCAUCCCAAAGAAGCACUUGUGUCCAAUGGUGUCCUGAACAGAGAGAUCAGUCGUGCUGCUGGUAAAGUGGUGACGGGGAUGAUUGAUGAAGAAAACACAGGGAACAAUUCACAGGCACUUACAUUCGUAUACCCUUAUGGUGCCACAUUAAACGUGAUGAAGCCUGCGGUGGCCAUCCUGUCCACCGGAUCUGUGUGCUUUCCUCUCAACAGGCCUGUCCUGGCCUUCCAUCAGUCGAAGAACGCUGGCAAGUUGGCUGUUCUGGGCUCCUGCCACAUGUUCAGUGACCAGUACCUGGACAAGGAGGAGAACAGUAAAAUAAUGGAUGUUGUUUUCCAGUGGCUUACAACAGAAAGCAUUCCUCUGAACCAGAUAGAUGCAGAAGACCCAGAGAUCACAGACUACACCAUGCUGCCGGACACAGGGAGUCUGUCUGAGCAUCUGAGAGUGUGUCUGCAGGAGGGAGACGAGACCCCGCGAGAUUUCACGUCCCUGUUUGACAUGUCUUUGCUAAAGCUGCACACAAACACUCUUCCUUCUGUCCUGGAUGCUUACAAGCAGCUGAAUGUGAAACAUGAAGCUCUCCAGCUGAUCACACCACAGUUUGAAACACCUCUGCUUCCGCUGCAGCCCGCCGUCUUCCAGCCGGCCUUUAGGGACCUUCCUCCACCCAUGCUUGACCUGUUCGACUUGGAUGAGACAUUUUCUUCUGAGAAAGUGAGGCUGGCUCAGCUCUCAAAUAAAUGUACCGAUGAUGAUCUGGAGUUUUAUGUACGUAAAUGUGGAGACAUCUUAGGAGUGACAGGGAAGUUAGACAAAGACAAACGAGAUGCCAAGCACAUACUGGAACACGUCUUCUUCCAGGUGGUGGAGUUUAAGAAAAUCAACCAAGAGCAUGAUAUUGACACCGCUGAAGCAAGGUUCAACGUGUAUUGAAGUAAACAGGCCGUGGAUCUCAGGGGUUUUGCAGCAAGGACUUGUUUCUGAGAUCUGUGUGAACAUGCUCAGUCUGGACUCUCAAACUGUGCUUUACUUCCAGUACAAGAAAAGCCAGCUGUGGUCUAGCAGAAUUUAAGGCAUAUGGUUUAAAGAAUCCACUACAUUUCUUGGAAAAAGUUAUUUUUUUCUCCUCAAAUAGGAGCUUAAUUUUCUCACGUCAGAUCAUUUGUAUACAUACACUGGGGUCCAAAUCCCCUGUUUGAGAGUGAUAUUUUGGAUCAUGCACUGGUUUGUCACCAUGGAAAAAAUAAAUCUGGCACUUAGUGAAAAAUGUGAUGUUCUCAAUGGUUUCAUUGAUGCAGGACCUCCAGAAAGUAUAGUAUA